UCCCUCCUGCAUCCCUCCUCCUACAUCCCUCCCUCCUGCAUCCCUCCUCCUGCAUCCCUCCCUCCUGCAUCCCUCUCUCCUACAUUCUCCUCCUGCAUCCCUCCCUCCUCCAUCCCUCGCUCCCUCCUCCCUCUGCCUGCGCAGAGCCGCGGACAUGGCGCUCAGCAAUUUCCUCUUCGCUCAGUGCAUCUGCUAUUUCCUGGCCUUUCUCUUCAGCUUCAUCGUGGUGGUGCCACUCUCCGAGAAUGGCAACGACUUCCACGGCCGCUGCCUGCUCUUCACCGAGGGCAUGUGGCUCAACGCCAACCUGACGGUGGAGCGGCAGCGCUUCACGGUGCAGGAGUGGGGGCCCGAGGCCGCCUGCCGCUUCAGCAUCUUCACCGGGCUCCUCUCCCUGCUGCUGGCCACAGUGCAGGCCUGGAGGACCCUCUUCUUCCUCUGCAAAGGGCACGAGGACUCUUUCUUUUACGCCUUCCUGAAUCUGCUGAUCAGCGCCUUUGUGGUGUUCAUCACAUUUAUUGCCAGCACUAUAGUGAGUGUAGGAUUUAACAUGUGGUGUGAUGCAAUUACUGAAAAAGGAAGCAUGCCAAAUAGCUGUGAAGAGUUGCAGGAUAUAGAUCUUGAGCUGAACUUGGAAAACUCUGCUUUCUAUGACCAAUUUGCUAUUGCACAGUUUGGUCUCUGGGCUGCCUGGCUGACUUGGCUGGCAAUUACCAUCCUGGCUUUCCUGAAGGUUUAUCACAACUACAGACAGGAGGACCUGCUAGACAGCCUGAUCCAUGAGAAGGAGCUGCUGCUAGGAAGAUCCCCUUCACGAUCCUCUUUGCAAGAUGACAAAAGUGGCAUGAUCUAAAGUGUAAGCAAAUUUCCAGGGCAAGAUCUAGAUUUUAUUAGUCAGUGAUGUGAGCUGAAGCUGAGUCAGGGUAUUGAGUGUGUGACAUCUUUUCUUUUCCCGAAAUGAAAUGCAAUUGUGAAUUACUCACUUCCCCCAUGAGAAAUUGUUGGCAGAAAUAUGGAUAUUAGGAUAAAGAGAAUGAACUGCCCUAUGUGCCUGUGGCACAGCAAACUUUCUGUCCUGGGCAGGCAAAAUUUGUAACCUGCCCUUGUCAGCAGAGCUCCCAUGUGCCAUCGCUGGCUUUUGAGACAGGGGCCAUUUCUGAGGACUGAGCUGGCAAGACCAGGCUACAGCAUCCAGGCUAUUUCUUCAAACUGUUCUUCAAAAAUAGAUGUAACUGGAGCUGCAUUCAGUCCCUCCGCUCUCCCUCUCCUCCCUAUUGCCAGUGAAGCUGCCCUUUGUUGUGUUUUUAUCCUGGGAAGCUGCAGCUCUGGUUGGGGUGCUCUCACUGUCUCUGCUUUCGCUGUGUGUGGAUGCAGUGCUGAUAAACAUGUUGCUCCUGCUCUGAUUUUAUUUCAAACAUAGAGACCUGUGUUCCAGACUUGAUAUUUAGUAUUGGACAGUGUUAAUGAAUUCCAUGAAACCCGUGUAUUAUUACAGCACCUGUCAAAAGCUGUGUAUAAUAUGGAAGGAUGGUGGAGGGCAUUUGUGGUUUUGUUUCUUCUUAGAUUUUGGCAUGAGCAGCAUUUAUUAUGACUCCUGAAGUGAACUGUAGCUAGAAAUUGCUGAAGCUUGCAUACUAAGAAAUUAAGCUGAAUAGAUAGUAUUAAUGCUUGUGCAUUUAUAAAUGUGACUUGAUCCCUAAGAUUGUAUACUAUUCUGUUUUGAAUAUUAGGAUUUAUUUGUGAUAUUUAUUUCAUAUAGGAUAUGCAAAAUUACUGUAAGCAUUUGCAUUGUAGGUUUCUCUAUAUAAACAUAGCAAGGAGUUCAAACAGCUGAGUUAUUUUAUUGAUAGUUCAGUGCUGAAUGGGUCCAUUCUCCCCACUCAUGGGCAGGAGUUCCAGGGCAGAUAAAUUUUGCUGUGAAAAGGAUGAAGAAUUGCUGUUUACACAAAGCUCACUGGUGACUGUGUUGUUGCUUUCAGUUCUGCUUGCCAGUGCUUCAAGAAGUCAGGUGGAUUGUUGAGAUCAGAGGUGGCUCUGAUAAUUAAGAAGAGUCACUCAGAGGAGUGUGGGGUUUGCAUGGCAAAGAAGUAAAGCUGUGCUAGGAUUAAGCAUUUAUCCCCAGGUACACAUUGCACAGAAGACCCCAAAUCAGCAGAAAACUUAAGCAAACAACUAAGUUUGGACUGAAGAUUUUUUUGGGAGCAUGCUGACACUGCCUGUGGUACCUGUGUUUGAGUUGAGACUGAAUUUAUUGUAACAGAAGUGCAAACCAUACAUGAUUAUAUGACCUGGUGAAUCAGAAUGAGGGGAGAGAGGACAGCAGGCUUCUCCCACAUCAGAGCUCAAGCCUGGGGUUAGCACAACCAUGCAGAUUUACUGUUGUCUUCUAGGGACUCUCUGAUGCUUAGUUAAGUACCAGCUUAAGCAUUUCAUUGAAACAGAAUUUCAUGUCAUGACAAAUCCCUCAAUUAUUCAGCAUUUUAGGGCAUAAAAUCUGACAUUGUAUUUAACUGCCAAAAUGUUCUCAUAGGUUUAGAGAAAAAGCCCUCCAUGGGCCCUAAGCAGUAAUCCAGCCCUGUGAGCAUUGCUUACAGCCCCAGCUGAACAUUGCUUAUGGCCACAGCUCUCUGUAGAGAGGCCUUGUUCUUCAGCCUGAUUUCUGCCCACAAGAGAAUGCAAUUCCUCUGAAAGCUUUGCAGC